AGAGGUUGAAGUCAAUAAGAUUGAAUAAGAAACCCUAUCAAACAUAAGAAACCCUAUCAAACCCAACAGAAUAGUUAUCCUAGACUUCAGUGACUAAGAAACUGAUGGUCACCCACCUUUCAAUCUAUCUUGCAGAACCUACUAACCAUAAUGGUUUUCGUCCCAGAUAUUUGUCGAACAAUAACCUAACCGGACCAAUGCCUCAGUUCUUGGAAGAACUGAAGUCUCUCACUCUCUUGAAAGUGUAAUUUCUACAUGAUCAUAGACUCAUUUGAUACCAGAAUUCCAUAUUAUUAAGAAUUGACCUGCGGGAAUUUGAAGGGCAAUCAAUUUUCUGGUUCAGUUCCAAACGCUCUUCGCGAGAGAUCAGAAGCUGGAUUACUUGUAAUGAGAGUGGAUAGCGAAAAUCUUUGUGGCUCAGGUUCAUACAAAAAGAAGAAGAAAAUUGUCGCUCCAAUACUUGCGUCAUUAGUGUCAGCACUAGCAGUUGUUAUAGUGCUGAUACCAGUAUGGAAAAUUGAAAAGAAAAAGAGAAUCAGAAGCAGAACCUUUUAACAAAACAGCUAUAGCAUCAAGGAAGUGCCAGUUUACUCAUGAGGAGGUUUGAGAUAUCACCAAAAACUUCAAACCUCGUUCGGGAAAGGAGGAUUUGGGACUGUGUACCAUGGUUGCAUGAAAGACGGAAACCAAGUUGCAGUAAAAAUGCUUUCUGCAUCAUCAACUCAAGGACCUAGGGAGUUCCAAACAGAGGCUGAGCUCCUGAUGAGAAUCCAUCAUAGAAAGUUGGCCUCGUUUGUUGGAUACUGCAAUGAUGCUAACAACUUGGCACUUAUAUACGAGUACAUGGCAAAUGGCAACCUAAAAAAACUCUCUCUCAGAUGCAGAAAGAAGUUCACAGAUGACAUGGGAAAUGAGACUUCGUAUAGCAAUGGAUGCUGCACAAGGUCUCGAGUACUUGCAUCACGGAUGCAAGCCGCCUAUUGUCCACAGAGAUGUGAAGACUGCCAACAUUCUCUUAAGCGACAACUUGGAAGCUAAAAUGGCGGAUUUUGGUCUUUCCAAGGUUUUUGCUAGGGACAUUGAGACUCAAGUGGUCAGCACAGUCAUGGGAACAGCCGGAUAUCUUGAUCCAGAAUACCACAAUUGCCAAAGGCUGAAUGAAAAGAGUGAUGUGUAUAGUUUUGGGGUAGUUCUAUUAGAGCUAAUCACCGGCCAACCUGCAGUGAUAAAAAAUCAUGAAGUAAUCUACAUAACAACGUGGGUGAGUUCUGAGCUCGAAAAAAGGGAACUAAAAAGGGUUGUGGAUCAAAGGAUGCAAGAAGAGUUCGAUGGGCAUUCGGUCUGGAAAGCGUUAGAGAUAGCAAUGGCGUGCACAACCUCUACCUCCCAACACAGAGUCACAAUGGAUGUUGUAUUGUCUGAGCUCAAAUAUUGCUUGGAAAUGGAGUUGUCUAGGCAUCGAGAAAGAACUCCAAGAUCAACAGAAGAACUUCGCGCUGCGUUUAGGCAGUAUAGUCAUAGUUCACCUGAAGUUCUCUCCGUGUAUACAGAUUCCACAAAUGUUGAUUCCAUGACCGGACCAUUUGCUAGGUAACUGGUGACAUUUCCGGCUAGUUGACGAAGAAGAUAUACAUACUACAAUAUCCAUAAAGUUCUUUUUCUUUCUUUGA